AUGGAGCCUACUUUAUGGCAUUCGGUCAUCCAAAUUUUUAACCUGAAUACGUGGCAACCUGGCAUUCAGAAACAACGUCAGUCAUUUACCUCCUUGGUGUCUUAUCCCAGGACCUUUGCAACUAGAGGAGCACAUCGCCCAAUCAGGAAUCUGCAUGAGAGAAGUCUAAGUGUUUUAGCAUGCCGCCACGUGGACGAGGUUAUAAUUGGAGCACCAUGGGAGAUUUCAAAGGAUAUGAUCACAACAUUUAACAUCUCAUUAGUUGUCCAUGGUACCAUAGCAGAAAAUAAUGAUUUUCAGAAGGAAAAUAGCAAUCCAUAUGCUGUUCCCAUCAGCAUGGGCAUCUUCCAAAUCCUUGAAAGUCCUCUAGAUAUCACAACAAUAAAUGGAAGGAUUGUAGCAAAUCAUGAGGCUUACCAGAAGCGCAAUGAAAAGAAGGGAGAGAGUGAGAACAGAUACUACGAGGAUAAGUCAUAUGUGUCUGGUGACUGAUUUUAUGGAUCGUUCUUUAUCCGCUGUGAAGGACACAUGUUUUU